GAGAGUGUUUGAUAUGGAUAGUAUGACAGUCUGCGUAGAAUAUCCAGAGGAGACCCAUGAGUGAUGCUGCAAGGUGUUCUGUUACAGUUUAAUGGGCCAUGCCAAGAUAGUUUUCUCGAAUUUGUUUGAUAAACGUCAGAGCUGAAACUUACUGAAAUAUAUGAUAACGUGUUCGAUCGGUAAUAUAAUUUCGUUAUCAUUGAUUCAGAUGCUUUUUAUAACUUACGUAUUGUGCUAUAAUGCGUUUUUUGAAACUCAGUCGUCAAGUAAUCCGAUAUGGAUCAAACGCGUUUGUAAUUGAUACAGUCAGCGCAAUGUAAACCCCGAGGGAUGAGAACGUCUUCAGGACUACCUCAGACCUAGUGACCUAAACGGUCUGCGGCAGAAAUAGCCGGCAGGAGAGUGGCAACGAGAUGAAAUUGAAUUAAUGUCGUGGUGCCCGGCAGACGCGCUGUGCAGCAGCUGUGGUGCCGUCAUUUCUCGUGGACAUCUCGACCUGCACGAGUCUGUUUCUGCCGGUUUGGCGGAUCAGGAGGAUCUGUCAAAACAAACGAAAUGUAACGGAAACUUUUAGAGGAACAACUCCACAGCCAAUCAACAUGACGGUUCCUAAAGACAUUCCUGACAAGUGGUUCCCUAUCGUUCUUCCACUUCAGCGGAAGAAACAGAACCAAGUCGUCGGCGGUAAAAAGAAAAGAAAAGGCAAAGAGGAGGAGAGGAAGGUGCGAGCCAAUGGCAGGGAGUACAAUGAGAAGUUCCAGUAUGCGAGUAACUGCAUCGUGACGUCAAAGUAUAAUGUAAUCACCUUCCUGCCGGUCAAUCUCUUUGAGCAGUUCCAGGAAGUGGCCAACACCUACUUCCUGUUUCUGCUCAUCCUGCAGUUGAUUCCUCAGAUUUCAUCUCUCUCCUGGUUCACCACCAUAGUGCCUUUAGUGCUGGUGCUCAGCAUUACUGCUGUCAAGGACGCCACUGAUGACUAUUUCCGUCACAAGAGUGACAACCAGGUGAAUAACCGUCAGUCUCAGGUGCUCAUCAGUGGCAGUCUUCAGAAGGAGAAAUGGAUGAAUGUAAGAGUGGGUGAUAUCAUCAAACUGGAGAACAACCAGUUUGUGGCAGCUGACCUGCUUCUGCUCUCCAGCAGCGAACCUCAUGGCCUGUGCUACAUCGAGACGGCUGAACUAGACGGGGAGACCAACAUGAAGGUCCGCCAGUCUCUGUCAGUCACCUCAGAGCUGGGAGACCCUCACAACCUGGCCCAGUUUGAUGGGGAGGUGGUGUGUGAGCCCCCCAACAACAAGCUGGACCGCUUCUGUGGGACUCUGUACUGGAAGGAGAGCAAGUACCCGCUGAGCAACCAGAACAUGCUGCUGCGCGGCUGUGUGCUCCGCAACACCGAGUACUGCUACGGCCUCGUCAUCUUCGCAGGUCCUGAUACUAAGCUGAUGCAGAAUAGUGGGCGCACCAAGUUCAAGAGGACCAGCAUCGACCGCCUUAUGAACACAUUAGUGCUCUGGAUCUUUGGCUUCCUGGUGUGUAUGGGGGUGAUUCUGGCCGUGGGCAACGCUGUGUGGGAGCGGGAGGUGGGCACCUUGUUCCAGAGCUUCCUGCCCUGGGACCCGCCGGUCAAUGGCUUCCUGCUCUCGGCCUUCCUGUCCUUCUGGUCCUACGUCAUCAUCCUCAACACCGUGGUGCCCAUCUCCCUCUACGUCAGUGUGGAGGUGAUCCGGCUGGGCCACAGUUACUUCAUCAACUGGGACCGGCGGAUGUUCUGUAGCCGUAGCAACACGCCAGCAGAGGCACGUACCACCACGCUCAACGAGGAGUUGGGCCAGGUGGAGUACAUCUUCAGCGACAAGACCGGCACGCUCACGCAGAACAUCAUGACCUUCAACAAGUGCUCCAUCAACGGCCGUGCUUAUGGUGAUGUUGAUCCUGUUGGCGCCCAGGGCAAGAGGCCGCAGCCCCUGGACUUCUCCGUGUGGAACCCGCUGGCUGACGGGGGUCUGUGUUUCUAUGACGCCUCUCUGCUGGAGGCUGUGAAGACGGGCGAGCCGGCCGCUCACGAGUUCUACAGGCUGCUCUCCCUGUGCCACACCGUCAUGAGUGAGGAGAAGAGAGAGGGGGCGUUGGUUUAUAAGGCUCAAUCUCCGGACGAGGGCGCUCUGGUGACCGCUGCUCGGAACUUUGGUUUCGUAUUCCGCUCUCGCACGCCAGGCACCAUCACCGUGCACGAGAUGGGCCGACCCGUCACAUACACACUCCUCGCCAUCCUCGACUUCAACAACAUCCGCAAGAGGAUGUCCGUCAUAGUGAGAAACCCAGAGGGCCGUAUCCGUUUGUACUGUAAAGGAGCAGACACUGUGCUAUUUGAGAGACUUCACCCCUGCAACCACGAGCUCAUGAACAUCACCUCAGACCACCUCAAUGAGUAUGCGUCUGACGGACUGCGCACGCUGGCCCUGGCUUACCGGGACCUGACGGAGGAGGAAUGGGAGGAGUGGUCAGAGCGUUACCGUGGCGCUGGAAAAGCAGCGGACUGCAGAGAGGACCGGUUAGCUGCCGCCUACGAGCAGAUUGAACAGGACAUGAUGUUACUAGGAGCCACUGCCAUAGAAGACAAGCUUCAGGAGGGUGUUCCUGAGACCAUUGCUAUCCUCUCCCUCGCCAACAUCAAGAUCUGGGUGCUCACUGGAGACAAGCAGGAGACUGCAGUGAACAUCGGUUACUCCUGUAAAAUGUUGACCGAUAACAUGACUGAAAUCUUCAUCAUCAACGGGCACACGGUCCAGAGCGUCAGAGAAGAGCUCAGGCGAGCGAGGGAGAGGAUGGUGGCCCACUGCAGAGAGGGAGGCAAAGGAGAUGAGGCCGCAGGCUGGGCCCAGGCCUGCUCCCUUGGCAACGGUGUUAGGGGUGGUGACCAAGCGGGCUGGCCCCUCCCCCAGGAGAAGGAGAAGCCGGAGAGUGGCGGCCGUGUCCCGUCGCUGCUGGAGUCCGUCUCGGGGGAGUUCGCCCUGGUCAUCAGCGGCCACAGCCUGGCCCACGCGCUGGAGGGCGAUAUGGAGUAUGAGUUUGUGGAGACGGCAUGCGCGUGCCGGGCGGUCAUCUGUUGCCGGGUGACUCCGCUGCAGAAGGCUCUAGUGGUGGAGCUCAUCAAGCGCCAUAAGAAGGCCGUCACGCUGGCCAUUGGUGACGGCGCCAACGACGUCAGCAUGAUCAAAACGGCUCACAUCGGCGUGGGCAUCAGCGGGCAGGAGGGCAUCCAGGCGGUGUUGGCAUCGGACUACUCCUUCUCACAGUUCCGCUUCCUGCAGCGUCUGCUGCUGGUGCACGGCCGCUGGUCCUACCUGCGCAUGUGCCGCUUCCUCUGCUACUUCUUCUACAAGAACUUCGCCUUCACCAUGGUACACUUCUGGUUCGGCUUCUUCUGCGGCUUCUCCGCCCAGACGGUGUAUGAUCAGUACUUCAUCACUCUCUAUAACAUCGUGUACACCUCUCUGCCCGUGCUGGCUAUGGGCAUAUUCGACCAGGAUGUCCCUGAGCAGCGGAGCCUGGAGUACCCCAAGCUGUAUGAGCCGGGCCAGCUGAACCUGCUGUUCAACAAGCGUGAGUUCUUCAUCUGUAUCGCGCAGGGCAUCUACACCAGCGUGGUGCUCUUCUUCGUGCCCUACGGCACGCUCGCCCACGCCACCCAGAGCACCGGCGUGCCCCUCGCCGACUACCAGACCUUCGCCGUCACCACCGCCACCGCCCUCGUCAUCGUCGUCAGCGUGCAGAUUGCACUGGACACUGGCUACUGGACGGCCAUCAACCACUUCUUCGUGUGGGGCUCGCUGGGCUCCUACUUCACCAUCCUCUUCAUCAUGCACAGCAGCUUCCUCUUCAGCAUCUUCCCCAAGCAGUUCCACUUCCUGGGAAGUGCUCAGAACACAUUAGAGCAGCCAGUGGUGUGGCUGACAAUCGCCCUGGCGACCGUGAUCUGCAUCGCCCCUGUUCUCGCCUUCCGCUUUCUCAAACUGGACCUCAAACCUCAGCUUUCUGACACGGUGCGCUACACCCAGCUGGUGCAUCAGAAGAAGCGUAAGCCGGGCAUCUCGGGCGGCAUGGGCAUCUCGGGCGUCGGUCUGGGCGUGAGGGCGCUGGGCCGUCUGGGACGCAGCGCCUCCCGGCGUUCGGGCUACGCGUUCGCCCACCAGGAGGGCUUCGGCGAGCUCAUCACGUCGGGCAAGAACAUGCGUCUGAGCUCCCUGGCCCUGGCCACCUUCGCCUCGCGCCACAGCUCCAGCUGGAUCGACACGUUGCGCAAAAAGAAGCAUGCUAACUCUGCUAACGCUAGCAUUAACUCCGCUAAUGCUAGUGCUAACUCCGCUAAUGCUAGUGCUAACUCCGUGAGCGCUAACGCUAACGGGCAGCCUCACACGCCGCCAGCUCCAGCCCUCUCCAACUCCUCCUCCCUCAGCGGUUCGCAGGACACGCCACCUGAGGAAGUGGGCCUCUCGAACGCGCAAGAGGCUGUCGCCAGAGACGGAGUUCACAGUGGCGCAACGAGCCACAGCAAUGGAUGCACUCUGGUGACGAGUCCUGAAGCGGAGACCGGAGGGUGCAGUCUUGGAGCAGUGCAGGAGGCGCUGUUUGGCUGGAGGGGAGUGGGAGCGCGUGUGAGCGGAGCCAGCAGCCCAGGCCCACCCCCCAUCAUGGAGGAAAGUAGCCCGACUGAGUGACCAGCUGAUUGACAGGCCGAACAGCCAAUUGAGGGGAAGAAGUCAGAGUGAAGAGUAGUCUGGACUCCCAUUCCCACGCUGACUGUAGUUGGCUCAUUGGAAGAGGGGAGGCCGGAAUGCAGCAUUAGCCAUGUAGAGUAGGAGAGUGGUGUGUGUGUGCAGACACACACAAAGACAAACACACACAUGGACUUUGGUUGUGGACGUGGUUCUAUGUCCUUCGAGUAUUGUACACACUACCAAACAAGAAACCUAUGUGCUUUGCAUUGCAGCAAACAAAAACUUGAAGUAAACAUGUGAAAGAAC